CUGGACUUCGCCUGCAUGUGUAAGGCUGGAAAAGCUUUAUGCAACCACUGUGUUGCUCUUCUCUUUCAAUCUGCACACUAUUCGCAGUUCAAAGUCCAAGUUGUUCCCCCAAUGUUAAGCUGCACUAAAGGUGAACAACAGUGGCAUAAGCCGAGAGUUACGGGGAUAAAGCCUGGCCCUGUGGAGAAGAUGGUUGUCCUCUCAGCCAAACCCAAAACAAGAAAGACCACAGAGGGAGUGCGGAGCAAACUGUACAAAGGCCUUCACUGGGCCCUUCCUGACCUCUCGGUUCUGCGGGUUUCUGAAGUCUACCAACCUUUCUCCGAUGCUGACCGGCCUAUGAUCUGCAGCAUGGGAAUAGGCGAAGACAUCCCACUGGUGGACUCACUGCUCGGCAAAGUGCAACAAGGAAGUCCACUUUCUUAUCAGCAACCACCCAAAGAGAAAGUGAAGACCCUCCAUAAUGCUCCACCUCCUCCACCAUUGCCCCUGCAAGACUACAGACUGAAACCAUCAGAAUGCAUGUUUGUCUGUUCCAGGAAGCAACAGCUGCACAUGAAAAGUCUUGAGGUAACCCUCGAUAUGUCCCAGGGCAUAGAAUGUGCUACGCGAGAGCAGAGUGUGUGUGAGCCGACUGGCACAAUGUACAGAGACCACAAGUGACUGCAUCUCGAUUUAGAGAGAUCUGUCAUGUGGGUGAGCUCUCCGAAGAGCUGCUGGCUGAACGCAUCUUGAAAGGUACUCGCCAGACAGGCCCAAUGAAGAGGGGUUUAGAGUUAGAGGCAGAUGCUAUCUGGGAAUACUGCCAGAUAAAACGAGUUAACCAUUACAAAUGUGGAUUUGUGGUGCACCCGGCUGCACCAUGGAUUGGUGCAUCACCAGAUGGUAUCAUUUUUUACCCUUUAGAGCAACCUCAAUUUGGCCAUUUAUAAAUAAAAUGUCCAAACAUUAAAAAUUAUGUAGACGCACCUUACCUCAAGGUCAUCAGUGGGACAUUGCAGCUUAAACCAUCACAUGCCUAUUAUUGGCAAGUUCAGGGCCAGCUGCUAACUACAGGGAUGAGUUGGUGUGAAUGUGUGGUCUCUGCUCAAGAAGAUGUGUUCAUCCAAAGAAUACAGAGGGAUGAGGGUGUGAUGGAGACAAUGAAGAGUAAGAUAGACAUGUUCUAUUUUCAUGUGUUCAUGGACAAAUUCCUUGCACUGUCAUAAAUGGUUAGCUUGUUAUUCCUGACUUAAAUGUCAUCAACACACAUGGUCUGCAAAGGCAUUUGUAUUAUUUUCCAUGUUGUUCAAUUUUUUUAUGCAUUAAUAUCUGCAGAGUUUGUGUUUAAACCAUUACAUAAAUGUUCAUAUGUUUGCUGUUAUAAAAUUCACAGUAUGUUAAAAU